AUGGCAGUGCACGGUGACGGAGUUCCGCUCUCAGAAGCGCUACGGUUAUCUAAUCAGACGUUGCCCAAACCGCUCAGUUACUACACUCAGUCACCAGCCACCAUCAUGCCUUUGAUCGAAGUCAUUGCCAACGAUCGACUUGGAAGGAAAGUCCGUGUCAAGUGUAGUCCUGAUGAUACUGUUGGAGACUUGAAGAAGCUUAUUGCUGCUCAGACGGGCACCGACGCAAGCAAGAUCCAACUUAAGAAAUGGCAAGAACCUAUAUAA